AAGCAAAGAGGUCGAUGGCGAAAUGGCUUCGAAAAACACAAAAAUUAAUGUGAAAAUCGAAGAAGAUAUACGCAUAUUUAUACACCGCCAGAUAGAUUUGUUUCUGCAGGAUGAGCAGCAAAGUGAGUACGACUUUCCUGCCACCCUCACCAACCAACAUCGGGCGUACAUUCACGAGUACGUGAAAAACAAGCGCAUCAAGUCACGGUCGCACGGUAAAGGGAACGCGCGAUAUUUGACGAUCUACAAGACCAACUUGUCGGCAAUCACCCACGAUGAUGCCCGCCUGGAGCUGACUGACCAAACGAUCGCUAUGAUCACCGAGUUGCAGAAUAUCUACCGCCCGAAAGGAAAUCAGAGCAAGGCCAAGAACAAACGCAAUAUGGGCCGUUACAAUGUUUAUCUAACUGCGUCUCAGCCAUCCGUUCCGCCUCCUGUUCAUUCGGCUGCUCGCGUAUUCGAAGAGCGUAGCCGACUACCGAUAGCGCAAUUCCAUGACAUCAUAUUGAAGUGCAUGCUGCAGAACCAAGUGAUCAUCAUAUCGGGUAAUACGGGCUCAGGUAAAACGACGCAGGUACCUCAGUUCGUCAUGGAAGCGGCCUGUCAGAGUGGUACACCGUGCCGGGUAAUCUGUACCCAGCCCAGAAGAAUCAGCGCCGUUACCGUGGCCGAACGAGUGUGCUUCGAGCGGAACGAACAACUGGGGGAUGCCGUGGGCUAUCAAAUCCGGCUUGAAAGCCGCUUAAAGCCCAACACUAACUUACUAUUCUGCACCAACGGUGUACUGUUGCGCUGCUUGACGGGGCAGGGCGCGCAUCGUUUCCUGGACAACGUGACCCACAUCAUCAUCGAUGAGGUGCACGAACGCGAUCAGUAUUCCGACUUUCUGCUCAUCGCCCUGAAGGAUAAUCUGCCGAAGCAUCCACACCUGAAGGUGGUGCUGAUGUCGGCCACAAUCGAAUCGAAUACAUUCUCGCAAUACUUUAACAACUGCCCGGUGAUAGAGAUCCCUGGUAGACUGUUUUCCAUCGAACGGUACUAUUUGGAAGACAUUCUGUUCCAGUUGGAUACCUACAAUCACACGGUUAAGGAUGUGAAGGCCAAGAUUUUAAGCAAUAUCGAGCACCAACGAACAUCUUCCGAUGCCAAUGGUCGGCAGCACUCGUCGGCUACAGCGAACAUGGACGACGAAAGCAUACUGCUAAUGAACGACAUCCUGGAAGAGUGCUGGAUAGAAAACAGUCCGGAACCGUUUCAGAACUUUUUCACCUUGGUGCAGGAAGAAAGCAUAAGUGUCGAUUUUCAGCAUACGGAAACGAAGAUGACGGCACUCAUGAUCGCGGCGGCCAAAGGCUACGUUGAUAUCUUGAAGAGCUUGCUGGAUAUGGGAGCUGAUCCGAGCAUACGGGAGAAACACAACUACACUGCACAUGACUGGGCCUGCUUUAUUCAUGGCAACAGCGUCUGUUCGCAGCUACUGGCCAAUGCGAAGAAACGCGGAGAAUCGCAACCAGUGCAGCAAAUGCCUGCGCUAACCCCCAACAUUGCCAAACAGCUGCUGGAUGCUUACCACACAUCGUUCGGCGAUGAGCGUAUCGAUCAUAAUUUGAUCAUCGACGUGAUACAGUACAUCUGUAAAAACCAACCGGAAGGGGGCAUUCUCGUUUUCUUGCCCGGUUUUGAAGAUAUCCAGGAAUCGUAUGAACUGCUAACGAAGCGUGUGGCGCCACACCAACGGCUGAAAUUGUUUAUGCUGCACAGCAAGAUGCAAACGUCCGACCAACACGCUGUGUUCAACCCAGUGCCGGUGGGCGUUCGAAAGAUUGUCCUAUCGACGAACAUAGCCGAAACAUCGAUCACCAUGGAUGAUGUGGUGUACGUUAUCGAUAGUGGUAAGGUAAAGCAGAAGUACUACGAUUCCGUCACUGCUACCAACUCGCUUAUGGCCACCUGGAUCUCGCAAGCCUGUGCGACGCAGCGGGCAGGACGUGCGGGUCGUACCAAACCGGGCAUCUGUUAUCGGCUCUUUAGCCGUGCACGGCUUGAAGCCAUGGAUCAGUUUACGCUGCCCGAAAUUAUGCGCGUUCCAUUGACAGAAAUAUGCCUCAACACGGCCCUGCUGACCCAGGGCGCAUCUAUACUGGACUUCCUGAAUCGUGCAAUACAACCGCCGGCAGCGACGAGCGUUAAGCAGAGCAUUAAAUAUCUUCAGAAGGUCGGGGCACUAGAUGAUGAUGAGAAUCUGACGGAUCUUGGUCACAUUCUGGCCGACCUGCCGGUGGAUGCACGCCUCGGAAAGAUGCUGCUGUACGGCAUCCUGCUGAAGUGCUACGAACCGGUACUGUUGAUCGUAAGCGUGCUGAGCAUUAAUGACAUCUUUCUUCUGCCUGGAUUCGCGGGCGACAAAGAGAAAUCGCGCAAAGCGCGCCGAGAGCUGGCCGAAGAGUCAUACAGCGAUUGUUUCUGUCUACUGCGUGCCUAUCAGCGUUGGUACGAAGCGCGUUCGAUUUCCAAGCGAAAGGAAAUCUGUAAUCGAUUCUUCCUGAGCCACAGCAAGCUGACGAUGGUGUGUGAGCUUCGUGACAAACUUCAUGGUCAUCUCUGUUCGAUCGGGCUGAUUAAAAGCUAUGGACCGGGAAGCUCGGACGAUCUGAACCAGUUUGCUGCCAACUGGAGCAUGGUAAAGGCAUGCCUGGUAGUCGGUUUGUAUCCGAACAUCUGUCACCUCGAGCGGUACUCGAAGGCGAUGAAAGCACGGUUCGAGAAAAAGAUCUUCGUCCACCCGUCUUCGGUGCUAGCGGACGCGAAAAAACCGAACGGCAAAGACGCGAAGCUGUGGCUACCGACGGAAUGGAUUACGUUCGAGGAAAAAUUCAAAUCGAGCCGCGGUUCGAUGAUACGCUGCAACACGGUCGUAACUUCCCUGGCGAUCUCGAUCUUUGCCGGCCCCUUGUACUUUGACGAGGAGGAGUCGCUGGUAGAGUGUGACGAUCAGGACGAAACUGCGCUCAUCGGUGGUUGUAAGAUCGCGAUCGAUGAUUGGAUCAACUUUAUCGUAGACACACCGGUGGCAAAGGCAGUGCUGCGCACGAGGCAACUGUUGAGUGAAUUGUUUUUGAAGUUUACUCAAAACCCUCGCACCUUCCAGCUGACCGCGAUGGAGUACAGGUUUCUGCAGACGCUAGGGCAGCUGCUGACAUUAGAAGAUGGUGCGGCACAGUUGACAAAUCGUGUAGAAAUAGGAACGACGGGCGCCAAUAGCCGGAAGGGGUAUCACAAACCACAGCAGCAUGAUCAAUGGCGCGUGUUACGUAGGGAGGAAGCGAACAAUAGCUGGCGUCACAAUGCCAGAUCAGGCGCAUCGUAAUGGGAAGAUUGAGUUGUCCAGAUUCAGCACGUCGCAGGAUAGUACCGGAAAAGCCAAUGGCGUCGCGAUGUACAUUGUAGAAAAGUAAAUAAAACACCCCAUACGGUAGUUGCUUGCUAGUGCUCUCUGCCAUGGUUCAGCAUGUGUUGGCGCUGGUCUAUCGUUAAAUCAUUAGAU